CCUAAAAUACAAUGAACAAAACUAACUAUCCUUCCUACAACAAAAUUCAAACACAUUUCCAUAAAUUUAUCAAUAUGGAAACAUAUGUGACCAUGAUAGUCAAUUCACUUUCUGUAUUCUACUCUUUGAUCUUCUUCUCCUAUUAUCACAUUACCUACUUACCCAAAAAGAAAAACAUAUAUCUUCAUUUCAUCAAUAAAAAGCUCCUUCCUCUAACUUGUAUCCAUCACUUUCCAAUCUCUAGAUGACAUUAUAUUAAGAACAAUUUUACUUUUUGAACAACACCGUGUUGUUAUGGCACAAAAUCUAGAACUGAGUCUUUUAUGUACAGAGACCAUCAACUUUGGUGAUGAUGACAUGAUUUUUGGUCGUGAAAUUUUGAAUUUUCAGAUGGAUUUUCCACUGGAGAGCGAAGAGAUGAUAAGAGAGAUGAUGGAGAAGGAGAAACAGCAUUUUCCAAGUGAUGAUUACAUCAGGAGACUCAGAAGUGGAGAUAUGGAUUUCAAUGCCAGAAGAAGAAAAGCCCUUAACUGGAUAAUUAAGGCUUGUGAGGAGCACCAGUUUGGACCAUUGUGUAUUUGCUUAUCAGUGAACUACUUUGAUAGAUUCUUGUCUGUUCAUGAUCUCCCUAAUGGCGAGGCUUGGACAAUGCAGUUGUUGGCUGUGGCUUGUUUGUCAUUGGCAGCCAAACUUGAUGAAACUUAUGUCCCAAUGUUAUUAAUUGAUCUUCAGGUUGGACAUCCUCAGUUUCUGUUUGUGGCUAAAUCAAUCCAGAGAAUGGAACUUUUGGUGGUUAACAGAUUGAAAGGGAGACUGAGAGCAAUAACUCCUUACUCAUACAUAAGUUAUUUCCUGAGGCAGAUGAGUAAAAGUGAACAAGAACCAUCCAACACAUUGAUAUCCAGAUCACUAAAAGUGAUAGCCAGCAAAAUCAAAGGUAUUGACUUUUUGGAGUUUAGACCUUCUGAAGUUGCUGCUGCAGUGGCACUUUAUGUUUCUGGAGAACUGUACACAGUACACUUUGACAGCUCUUCCUUAUCUCCUCUAUUCUCACCACUUCAAAGGGAGAGAGUAAAGAGGAUUGGAGAAAUGAUAGAGAGUGGUGGCUCAGGAUUAUGUUCACAAACACCCAGUGGAGUUUUAGAAGUAUCAACUUCUUGUUUCAGCUUUAAGACUCAUGGUUCUUCUUCUUCUCAUAUAGAUCUUUCCUAAAUUUCUGUCUUUAAAAACUAUCAAUCAUUGUUAUGUCUGAAGAGAGGUUCAGAAGGAAAAAUAUAAACAAUAAAAAUUUAAAAUAAAAUAACAAAAUUUCAAGUUCUGAUAUUUUAAUGUAUAAUUAGUUUUUUUUUGUGGAACAGAAUUUAUCAUUAGCUUCUGUUAAUAAAGGCCCAUAAUGAAAAAGGGAAUGGUUUCUGGUGUUUUUUUUUCUCUGUGUUGGUUCCCGCAAAAUAAAUAUAGCGGGAAAAAAUCCUUCUCGGUAGCAUUGAGCACUGACAAUAAGAGUUGAUUUUCUAUUUCAAGAAACUGUUCAAAUUUCAAAAAUGUCAUUACGUAAAUAAGGCGUACAUCGUAUUAGUGGACUGAUAAUUGG